AUGAGGAUUAUAGCACUGCUCUGGACGGUAUGUCUGGUGAGACUAUGCAGUGCAGGUUGUUGUGGAGGAGGUACUACAGAUGACAAUAAGCCAAUUACUCUAGAUAUUGCCAAUCCAGAUAAGUCAAAGUUCGUCAUACGGGAUGGGAAAUUAGGAACAGUUUAUAUUCACAGAUCUGGUAACGGGAUACCCGAGAUAUUUUACGGUAGAAGUAAACUAUGGGAGGCUAAAGGUGGAGAAGAGUGUCAAUGGGUUGAAGUAGUUAUUGAUAAUAAGGGAAACGGAAUGGCAUAUCCUAAUAUAAAAAACAAGGAAUACACAAAAAUUCCCUUUAAAACUGCUGUAAAUAACACUGGAAGUAGUUCUACAUCGAAUCAAUCAAGUGAUGAUUCAGCAAGUGAAGACCAAAAUGGAGGAAGUGACCCAAAUCUACAAGGUAGUAGCAAUGGUAGUAACGCUCAGAAUAAUGUCAAACAAUAA